AUGGAGUGCUCAAUUUGCUGCACAAUGCCACUCAUUCUGCGGCCGCCGAGGAACACCAUCUGCGCCGGCUGCUACGAGGCGGCUCGAACCGCCAUCUCCCUCGUCAACAAGUUCGAAUCUUCCUGCGAUAGAGGAUCAUCGUUAUCGUCGCCGUCGUCGUCGGACCAUCAUUCUACUCAUAAAGCCAAUUCGAGUACUCAUUCGAUGCAGGCUCAACCACUAGCAAACCUCCCAAAAUGGAUUAACAGCCUGAACGAGACACACAACGAGUUGACCCAGAAAAUCGAUUUCCUUGGCAACAUCGUCCAACUGUUCCGAUCACAACUCCUCACCGACAUCCACCUCAAACCCGGCAACGGCGGCGCUCCAAUCCCUGCCCACAGAGCCCUACUCGCAGCGAGAUCGGAGAUAUUCAAGACGAUGCUGGACCCCGACGCCUGCAAGUCCCCCGCCAACGACACGAUCACGCUGCCGGAGCUGAACCACGAGGAGCUGGAAUCCCUGCUGGAGUUUCUGUACAGCGGGGACCUGGCUCCGGAGAAGCUGGAGCGCCACGUGUACGCCCUGACCCUGGCGGCGGACAAGUACGAGGUGCCGUACCUGCUGGGGCUGUGCGAGCGCCACAUGGUCCGGUCCCUGGACGCGUCGAACGCGCUGGAAGUGCUGGAGAUCUCGGACUCGGUCUGUUGCAGGAGCAGCAGUGGCGAUUUGAAGGAGACGGCGGUGAAGUACGUGGUGAAGAACAUGGAGGAGUUGGCCUUUUCGGGUAAGUAUGAGGCGUUCGUGGCCAGCAACCCGCAUUUGGCGGUACAGGUCACGAGGGCGUUUCUGGUGGACGCCAAGCUGGCCCGAUGAUCAGUUAUUUCAGCAUGCUGCUGGCUGCUGGCUGCACAAGAAACAAUAAUAAUGCUCUGUUUUGGUUUUGUUUUGUACUGCGGUGGAGUGAUGGGACUGGUACGUGUUCAUUCAUUCAUCGAUCGUUCAUGUGUGGAAUCUUUUGGAGGAUAAUGUGUAAAUUUUUUUUUUUUUUGAAUUGGUAUGUUUUUGUUGUUGUUGUAUUUACCCGACCAGAGGGAAGGUAUUCAUGUGGGUAUCAUCUUGGUACUUGGUGUAUAUUUAUACGCAGAUGAAUUUAUUUAUAAG